AUGGAUCUGUCAGAGCUUGGAGAAGCUGCAGCCUUCCUCAGAAGAAGUGACACUGACUUGCUUUUGAUACCAGCCACGGCUUUUGAUGGAAAGGAGAAAUGUUGGGUUUGUGAUGGGAAGAAUGCCUACAUUGAAGCUGAAGUUAAAGGAAGUGAAGCAGAUGGAAACAUUCUUGUUGAGACUAAGGAUGGAAGGAGUCUGAGUGUCAAGCAGGACAGCAUCCAGCAGAUGAAUUCUGAAAAGUCUGACAUGAUUGAAGACGUGGCAAAGCUGACCCACCUCAACGAAGCAUCUGUGCUGCACACCCUGAGGAGGCGCUAUGAGCACUGGGUGAUCCACACGUAUUCGGGUCUCUCCUGUGUGACCCUAAACCCUUACAAGUGGCUUCCAGUGUACCAGAAAGAAGUCAUGGCUGCCUACCGAGGGAAGAGGCGCUCGGCGGCUCCCCCUCACAUCUUUGCUGUUGCUGAUCAUGCCUUUCAGGUUAUGCUGCACAGUCGUGAGAAUCAGUCUAUACUGUUCACAGGAGAAUCUGGUUCUGGAAAGACUGUAAACACCAAACAUAUUCUCCAGUAUUUUGCCACUGUUGCCGCCAUGACGGAAUCCAGGAAAAAGCUGGGGACUUUAGAAGAUCAAAUUGUGCAAGUCAAUCCCAUCUUGGAAGCAUUUGGAAAUGCCAAAACUCUAAGAAAUGACAAUUCUUCUCGUUUUGGAAAAUUCAUCAGGAUGUACUUUGAUUCCAGAGGCUUGCUGUCCUCUGCAGACAUCGAGAUCUAUUUGUUUGAAAAAUCCCGGGUAAUUUACCAACUGCCUGGGGAGAGGAACUACCACAUAUUCUAUCAAAUUCUGUCUGGAAAAAAAGAACUUCAUGAUAUGCUCCUGGCAUCUGCAAAUCCCUGUGACUUUCGCGUUUGCUCCUGUGGCGUAGUAGCUGUGGACAGCUUGGAUGAUGCUGAGGAACUGCUGGCCACGGAACAGGCCAUGGACAUCCUGGGCUUUCUUCCUGAGGAGAAGCAAGCGUGCUUUAAACUCAUUGGAGCCAUCAUGCACUUCGGAAAUAUAAAAUUCAAACAAAAACCCAGAGAAGAGAAGCUGGAAGCAGAUGGCAUGGAAAGUGCUGACAAAGCUGCUUCCCUCAUGGGCAUUAACUCCUCUGAAUUGGUGAAGGGCUUGAUUCAUCCUAAAAUGAAAAUUGGUCAUGAAUACGUUACCAAAAGUCAAAAUGUAGAUCAGGCAACGUGUGCUGUUGGUGCCCUGUCCAAGUCAAUCUAUGGAAGGAUGUUUGAGUGGCUGGUGGCUCGAAUCAACAGAGCUCUGGAUGCCAAGCUGGCAAGGCAGUUUUUCAUUGGCAUUCUUGACAUCACUGGUUUUGAAAUCCUUGAAUGUAAUAGCCUUGAGCAACUGUGCAUUAAUUUUACCAAUGAAAAGCUACAGCAGUUCUUUAAUCAGCACAUGUUUAUUCUGGAGCAAGAGGAAUACAGGAAAGAAGGUAUUGGCUGGGUGCCCAUUGACUUCGCUCUGGAUUUGCAAGGCUGCAUAGAUCUCAUUGAGAAGCCCAUGGGCCUCCUCUGCAUCCUCGAAGAGGAAUGUAUGUUUCCUAAGGCUACAGACAUGACUUUCAAGACAAAACUCUUUGACAACCAUUUUGGAAAGUCAGUUUAUUUCCAGAAGCCCAAGCUUGAUAAGAAAGAGAAAUACGAAGUUCACUUCGAACUUGUCCAUUAUGCAGGAGUGGUGCCUUAUAACAUCAGCGGCUGGCUUGAAAAGAACAAAGAGCUUCUUAAUGAAACAGUGGUGGCUGUGUUUCAGAGAGCUUCCAACAGAUUCCUGGCGAGCCUUUUCGAAAAUUACAUCGGUGCUGACAGCGCUCUACAGUUUGGGGAGAAGAAACAGAAGAAAGGAUCUUCAUUCCAAUUGGUUGCAUCUCUUCAUAAAGAAAAUCUCAAUAAAUUGAUGAGUAAGCUGAAAUCAACGGCACCUCAUUUUGUGAGAUGCAUAAAGCCCAAUGUGAGCAAAAUACCAGGCAUAAUAGACCCUGCCUUCGUUCUACAGCAGCUGCGGUAUAAUGGUGUUUUGGAAGGGAUUAGGAUAAGCCGUGAAGGUUUUCCAAACAGAAUGCUGUAUGGUGAUUUUAAACAAAGGUUCCGCAUUUUGAACCCAAGGAUCUUUUCAGAGAGCGAGGUUGUGAGUCACAAAAAAGCCACUGAAGAACUGCUUGGUUCCUUGGAGGUAGACCGUGGCCAGUACCAACUUGGAGUCACUAAGGUGUUUUUAAGAGCUAGCUUUUUGAGUCAAUUGGAAGAAAAGAGAGACGAGAGACUGUCCAGAGUCUUCACUUUACUCCAAGCCAGAGCACAGGGCAAACUGAUGCGGAUCAAAUUCCAGAAGGUUCUCAAAGAAAGGGAUGCAAUCCUUCUGAUCCAGUGGAACAUAAGAGCUCACAUGGCUGCAAAGAACUGGACCUGGAUGAGGCUCUUCUUCAAGGUCAAGCCUCUUAUUAAGUCUGUUGGGGCAGGAAAGGAGAUGGCGAGACUAAAGGAAGAGUCUGCACAACUGCGGGAAGCCCUGGCGAGAUCGGAAUCUGAGAGAGAGGACCUGAGAGCAGAGCAAGUCUCCCUCAGCCAGGACAGAAGCAGUCUGCUUCUUCAGCUGCAGGCCGAGCAGGAGAACCUGGCAAAUGUUGAAGAGCAGUGCGAGUCGCUGAUUAAAUCCAAGAUCCAGCUGGAGGCCAGAGUCAAGGAGCUGUCUAAGCGCGUGGAGGAAGAAGAGGAGAUAAAUGCUGAGCUGACUGCCAGGGGGCGGAAUCUUGAAGAUGAAUGUUUUGAGUUAAAGAAAGAAAUCGAUGACCUGGAAACAAUGUUGGCGAAGUCAGAGAAGGAGAAGCAUGCUAUGGAGCACAAGGUCAAGAACCUAACCGAGGAAGUGGACUCUCUAAAGGAGGACAUUAGCAAACUGAACAGAGCGACCAAGGAUGUGCAGGAAGCCUAUCAGCAGACUCAGGACUACCUGAACACAGAGCAGGAGAGACUGAGCGACCUGAGUGUAGCAAAUCUGAAGUUGAGGCAGCAAGUGGAUGAGCUGGAGGGUACCCUUGAGUGGGAGAGGAAAGUGAGAAUGAACUGGGAAAGAGAAAAGCACAAACUGAAGGGUGACUUAAAGGUGACCCAGGAAAACGUGGAGAACCUGGAGCAGAGCCAGUGGCGGCUAGCGGAACAGCUGAGGAAGAAAGAAUUAGAAAUGAGUCAGAUGAAUUCAAAGGUUGAAAAUGAUAAAGGCCUGGUGGCUCAGCUUCAGAAGACAAUUAAAGAGCUUCAGAACCAGAUACGGAAUUUGAAAGAGGAACUGGAAGAUGAGAAGGCCUCUCGGGCCAGGGUAGAGAGAGAAAGAGAGGACCUUGCCCACGACCUAGAAGAUUUGAAUGAGAGGCUGAGGGAGGCAGGAGGAGCCAGUUUGGCUCAGCUAGAAAUAACCAAGAACCAAGAAACAAGAUUUCAGAAGCUUCACCAAGACAUGGAAAAGGUCACACAGCACUAUGAGGCUAUGUCUGCCUCUUUGAAAAAGAGACAUGCAGAUAGCCUGGCUGAGAUUGAGGCCCAGAUGGAAAAUCUUCAGCAGGCCAAGCAGAAACUGGAAAAAGAGAAGAGUGACUUGCAGCUGGAAGUGGAUGACCUCCUGAGCCGCUGUGAGCAGAUGACUAGAGCUAAGGUGAAUGCUGAGAAACUCUGUAGUCUGUAUGAAGCGCGCUUGAGUGAAGGAAAUAUAAAACUGGACGAGGUGACUCAGUUGGCAAAUGACCUGAAAGCACAGAAGACAAAGCUACAGAAUGACAGUGGUGAGUCCCUAAAGAAGCUGGAAGAAAAAGAGGCUCUGUUAAAUCAGCUUUCUAGGGAAAAGGGCCACCUCACACGGCAAAUUGAAGAACUGAGGGGGCACCUUGAAGAGAAGACCAGGUCUCAGAGUGCCCUGACCCAUGCCCUGCAGUCGGCCAAGCACGACUUGGACCUUCUACGAGAGCAGUACGAGGAGGAACAAGAAGUCAAGGCUGAGCUACACCGGGCCCUCUCCAAAGGCAGCGCUGAAAUGGUGCAGCUGAGAAUGAAGUAUGAACAGGAAGCAAUCCAGAGAACUGAAGACUUGGAGGAGGCCAAGAAGAAGCUGGCCGUCCGGUUGCAGGAGGCUGCCGAAGCCACGCAGGUGGCCAACGCCAGGAGCGCCUCCCUGGAGAGGGCCAGGCACCAGCUGCAGCUGGAGCUUGGGGACGCCCUGUCUGACCUCGGGAAGGCCCGCUCUGCGGCGGCUGCCCUGGACCAGAAGCUGCGGCACUCUGACGAGGCCCUGGCCCAGUGGAGGCGGAAGCACGAGGAGGCCCAGGCCCUGCUGGAUGCCUCUCAGAAGGAGGCCCGGGCCCUCAGCGCUGAGGUCCUCGAGCUGAGGCGCGGCUGUGAGGAGAGCGCCGAGGGCCGGGAGACGCUGAGGAGGGAGAACGACAGUCUCAGAGAGCAGAUUUCUAGUCUGACAGACAAAGUUAGAGAAGGGACCAGGAACUUAACUGAAAUGGAAAGGGUUAAGAAACUGGUUGAACAAGAGAAAACUAAAGCCCAGCUGACACUGGAAGAAACAGAGGGAGCUCUGGAACGGAAUGAAAGCAAGAUUCUUCGCAUCCAGCUCGAACUCACAGAAGCUAGAACCGAGCUUGAAAGAAAGCUUUCAGAGAAAGAGGAAGAAAUGGAGAAUUUUAGGAGGAAGCAGCAGUGUGCUAUUGAUGCUCUGCAGUCCAGUCUGGAUUCUGAAGCUAGGAGCCGAAUUGAGGCUACCCAGCUAAAGAAGAAGAUGGAAGGGGGCCUCAGGGACGCGGAACUCCAGCUUUGUUCUGCUCACCGCCAGGCAUCUGAGGCAACCAAAGCCCUGGGCCAGCUUCAGAGUGAAGUGAAGGACCUUCAGAGGCAGCUGGACGACAGCACGCACCUGAACAGCGACCUGAAGGAGCAGGUGGCUUCGGCUGAGCGACGCACCUCUCUUCUUCAGUCUGAACUAGAGGAACUGAGGUCCAUGCAAGAGCAGACGGAGAGUGCGCGCAAGCUGGCGGAAAAAGAGCUCCUGGAAGCCACAGAUAAAAUCAAUCUUUUUCACAUCCAGAAUACAAGCCUCCUCAGCCAGAAGAAGAAGCUAGAGGCUGAUGUUGCUCAGAUGCAAAAAGCUGCUGAAGAAAUGGUGCAAGCACGUGAAAAUGCAGAAGAAAACUCCAAGAAGGCAGCCACUGAGGCAGCAAACCUGUCAGAGGAAUUGAAGAAGGAACAAAACACCAAUGCUCACUUAGAGAGGAUGAGAAAGAAUAUGGAGCACACAAUUACAGACUUGCAGAAAAGGCUGGAUGAAGCUGGACAGACUGCCCUGAUGGGGAACAAAAAGCAAAUCCAGAAACUAGAAUCCAGGGUUCGUGAGCUGGAAGGCGAGCUGGACCGGGAGGUACGCCGCAGCGCAGAGGCCCAGAAGGAGGCUCGAAGACUGGAGAGGGGCAUCAAGGAGCUGACCGCCCAGGCAGAGGAAGACAAGAAAAGUGUGAGCAGGAUGCAGAUGAUGAUAGAUAAACUUCAGCUGAAAGUGCAGAGUUACAAGCAUCAAGUGGAGGCAGCGGAGGCACAAGCCAAUCAAUAUCUUUCCAAGUAUAAGAAGCAGCAACAUGAGCUGAAUGAAGUGAAGGAAAGGGCAGAGACAGCAGAAUCUCAGCUCAAUAAGCUCAGAGUUAAAGGAAAAGAGUUUGGAAGAAAGGUUCGUGAUGAAUAAGCAGUGCCUUCUUAUAAAGGACAGUGAAUGGAGACAGAAGAGGAAGACGCCAUUUUAUGGCCCAAACCUUUAGUUGCAUUUGAAACAAACGUUUCAAAAAUGUGUGCUUUUGUGAUGUGGAAAGCAAUUAAAUCAAAGUGAUUAGAAAAAUGUAAAAAUUAAAGAGAAUCUCAU